AUGGCUUUUAUCCACGUCGGUAUUUUAGUCUACGACUACCAGGCCAUUGAUGUUGUCGGCCCAGUUGACCUACUUCACUCGGCCAAUGCUGGAUUCCUGGAAGUGUCUAAAGUCUUUGGCCCCAUCGAUAAUGAUGCUAUUUCUCAUGCUCCAAAUUUCAUUUUUCAUCACGUUGGCAUCACGAAAGACCCAAUCCAUCUUUUUACCAGCGCGAUUACCCUUACCCCAACUACGACGGUGGAUGAGUGCCCCGAGCUGGAUAUCAUCUUGUUGGGAGGUCCUAAUCCCGUGGGCUUUGUGCUGCACCCGAAAUACCUCGACAUCAUCCGUCGACACAUUAAUGCCGGAAAGUUGCUCUUUACGACUUGUACUGGCUCAGCAGUACUUGCCUCUACGGGUCUUCUAGAUGGAAAAAACGCAACUAUCAACCACGCUGACAAAUGGGUCGUCGAUGGAAAUAUUUGGACUGGAGCUGGUGCUGUUGCGGGAAUGGAUAUGCUAGCGCAUUGGCUCAAGGAGAAAUUCGGAGAAGACAUACUGACAUAUGCUGCCCGGAACCUAGACUAUGAGCCUCGAUGCGUGGAUGGCGUGACACCCAUGAUCCCUAAGAGAUACGACGAAAACGGAAAACAGCUUAGCACCCAUGAGUUUUUCUAUUAUUGA